AUGAAUCCAUCUAAGGAUAAAGACAAGUCAGAAGUGUUCAAACUGUCUGAAGAUGAUGACCAACAGUUCAAAGAUGAAAGCCAAGGUGAGGAGGAAGAAGUUGCUAACUGGGACGAGGAAGAGCAGAUGAGGAUUACCAAAGAAGCUUUUCUGAACAUGAUCUUGGAGUUUUUAAGGAGAAUGAAGCAAGAAGAGUUGGCCUUUGCUCUACAUAACAAGAGCCUGGUGUCUAAAUGCCAUUCUAAACUCAAAUCCAACCUGAAGAUGAGGUUCGCAUAUGUGCUUGAAGGAAUUGCCAAAGAAGGUCAUCCAACCCUUCUCAAUAAGAUCUACACUGAGCUCUACAUAACUGAAGGACAUGAAGAGGCCAUCUGUGAUCAUGAAGUGAAACAGAUUGAAAAAGCUCUCAGAAAAACAAUGGACCCACUAACUAUCAAAUGUGAAGAUAUUUUUAAACCCAUCUCUGGAAGAGAUAAACCAAUCAGAACAGUGAUGACAGAGGGAGUAGCUGGCAUUGGAAAAACAGUCUUGACACAGAAGUUUGCUCUGGACUGGGCUGAAGGAAAAAAUAACCAGGACAUCCAGUUCACAUUUCCAUUUUGCUUUAGAGGACUGAACAUGGUGAAGGAGAAAAUGUUCAGUUUGGUUGAACUUAUUCAUCUCUUCUUCCCUGAAAUCAAAGAAGCAGGAAUCUACAGUUUUGAUCACUUCAGAGUUUUGUUCAUCUUUGAUGGUCUGGAUGAGUGUCGAUUUGCUCUGGAUCUGAAAACCAAAGAGGUCCUGACCGAUGUUAGACAGUCCGCAUCAUUAGAGGUACUGCUGGCAAACCUUAUCAAGGGGAGGCUGCUUCCUUCAGCUCAAGUCUGGAUCACAACUCGACCUGCAGCGGCCCAUCAGAUCCCUCCUCAGUUUGUUGACCUGGUAACGGAAAUCCAAGGAUUCAAUGACCCUCAGAAGGAGGAGUACUUCAGAAAGAGAUUCACAGAGGAAGAGGAAAGCAGAAGGAUCAUUUCUCACAUCAAAUCAUCAAGAAGYSUCUWCAUMAUGUGUCAYAUYCCUGUUUUCUGCUGGRUCAUUGCUACUGUUCUAGAAGACGCCAUUAAAGCCAGAGAAGAAGCAGACCUACCCAAAUCCCUGACAGAGAUGUAUAUCCUCUACCUGGUGGUUUUGUCCAAGGUGAAAAAURUCAAGUAUGAUGAAAAGGCUGAAAAAAAUGCCUUCUGGACUCCAGAGACMAGGRARAUKAUUAMAUCCUUGGGAAAACUGGCCUUUGAG